CUGCGCUACUCGUCAGUCGUCACUCGCACUGAAACGAUGGAGUCCCCAAAGCCCUACCCGCGCCCAAACCCUCUGCUAUCGCUCUCCAGCUUCAUACACCAGCACUGCCUCCGCCUCGGCGCCGAGCUCUCCACCCGCCUCGAAGAUACCAAGCGGCUCGCCGGAACCAUAGCAGGCAACUUCGCGCCGGCGGCGAGCAGGCGCAUGCGUUCGGCGCCGGUUUCUCCUCCCUUCGCGUGGCUGGCUCAAAGAAAUCACGCUCUGGCCGCUACCCUCAGCUCUGACCACGUGGCGAAGAGCCUGGCCGGGACGGCCGUAUAUACGGUUAGCAAUUCGAACAAUGAGUUCGUGCUCAUCUCUGAUCCCAAUGAGGCCAAGUCCAUUGGAUUGCUUUGCUUUCGGCACGAAGAUGCCGAAGGAUUCCUCGCUCAAGUUCGAUCGAGGAGAGAAUUACGAAGUGCGGCUAAAGUUGUCCCGAUUACUCUUGACCAGGUGUACAUGCUGAAGGUUGAAGGAAUUGCAUUCCGGUUUCUGCCUGACCCAGUUCAAAUAAGGAAUGCACUUGAGCUCAAAUCCGCUGACAGGAGUGCAUUUGAUGGAGUUCCUGUUUUUCAGUCCGACCUUCUGGUUAUGAAGAAGAGAAACAAGCGUUACUGCCCAAUAUAUUUCACCAGGGAAGAUAUUGAAAAAGAAUUGUCAAAGGUAUCCAGAGCAUCCAGAGGACCAGGGGUUUCUCAACACAUAAUGGUUGGCAGUUUGGAAGAUGUUUUGAGAAAAAUGGAGUCAAGUGAAAAGAAUUCAGGCUGGGAAGACCUGAUUUUCAUUCCACCAGGAAAAAGCUACUCACAGCACAUUCAAGAUGUGGUGAAACCCUGAAGCAUACAAAGGCCAUCUUCAACUAACCAUACAAGGAUUUAAAUUAGCACUGGUCGAUAAUGUGCAAGGAGAACCCGAGCUUGAUAGAGAACAUGGCAGAAUGGAACAAUCCGAAUAUGUUUUUGCCCAAGGUCAGUGAAUUGCCAACUGUGGACACUAGUGGAAAAUCAGUCGAUAAAUUUGAUAUCAUUGUUCUCUAGAGAGUGUAUCAAUGUUUCUGAUAUCGUAGAGGGGUUAGAGUAUUCAACUAUUUAAACACCAUGUUGCUCGCCAAACCCCAUGUAACACAUGUCGAAAGGCCACACUAAAUUAUAUGGAAGUGCUAUGACAGGAACACUAUAUUGUGUAGUA